AUGGCUACUUUAAAGCCUGAUACCCAAAUAAUUGCUGGAAAUGCAGCUGAGACCGAAAAACCUAUUGUGAAGAAAUCAAGUUCUUCAAAACCUGAUGCUGGAGAUGGUGAAGUUGAAAGUAAACCAAAGAAGGACAAGAAGAAAUCCAAAAAGGAAAAUUCCGAUGGAAAGGAUGAAACCAGUACUGCUAAAAAGACAAAAAAAUCUAAAAACACAAAAAAAUCCAAGGAUAAAACAGAAUCUUCUUCAACUGAGAAAUUAGAUGAGACAUCCACAAGUGAAAGUCCAUCUGAAGAAAGUUCAGAAAAACCUAAAAAAUCCAAAAAAUCCAAAAAGAAAUCAUCUGAAGGUAAUGAAAAUGUAGAAGCAAAUUCUGAAAAUGUUAAAGAAAAACCUGAAAAGAAGAAGAAAUCAAAGAAAUCUUCAAAAGAAUCUACUCCUGAAACAGAGUCUGAAAAUGUAGAAACAAAAUCUGAAAAGAAGAAGAAAUCAAAGAAACCAAAGAAAUCUUCAAAAGAAUCUACCCCUGAACCAAAUUCUUCAACAUCUACAGAACAAUCUUCUGAAGCUAAAUCUCAAUCUUUCGGUUUCAAAUAUUCUGAUAAAGUGUUUGACUUAACCGAGAAAACUGUAGAUCAACCUAAGGAAGAUACUCAUGCAAUCUAUAAAGUUGAAAAUAGACAUGAUUAUGGUACUAAAGGUACUAAAGUUGACAUUUUGACAAACCAUAUUUUGCUUGCGGUAGGUAACGAUGUUCCUACUGAAAAAAUCGACAAAGAAUUGGUUCCUAAAUUAGAUGGUUGGUGGAAAACUGCCUUCAUCUUUACUUAUCAUAUCGAUUUCAAACCCCAACAAAAAGGCCCUCCACGUAGAGGCAAACCAGUUCCACCACAGGAAUUAUCAAAGCCAAAGAAAUAUGAAUUAAUUGAAGCUUUACUGGAUGAAGAUGAAAUCUUGUACAAGUAUAGGGAUCGUAUCGCUUUCAAUGGUGAAGAUACUAUUUAUUCUCAUGUGCCACUAGAAGAAUUCACUUUGUUUGAUGGUUGUUGGGAAGUCAGUAACAAGCAAAAGAAGAAGGUUGUUCCAGGUAUGGGUGCUCCAUCCAACAAAGCUUCUCUACAAAAAAAAAUAGAUCCAGAAUUAGAAGAAAUGGUUUCUCAAAUCACUUUGAAAUUCAGUGGUAAAGUAGGCUUGAAAGAUAUUUAUAACGACACCACUACUCAAGACACCGAAGUACAGGAAAGUAGAAUGUCUGCAAUCGAUAAGACAUGUUUGCUAUCUUUAUUAGGUGCUAAGUUCAUGAGUACAGAUGAUUUGAUUUUCCAAGUUCAAGGUAACAAGUUCUUUAUUUUCAAUAAUUUUGCUAAAGCUAUCCCAUUCCAAAUCGGUGGUUAUUUGUUGCAGGGUUUUACUGUUUCAUUAACUCAUGUUUAUGGUGGUGUCGCUUUAAACACUGUCAGUGUUCCUGCUCCAUUUAUUAAACAUACCAAGUACUUGCCAGGUGAUCCAAGAUUUAAAAACAAUGAAAAGGAACAAUUUACAUUAAUGGACUGGAUCAUUGAAUGUUACCACCAAUCUAAGGCUAUAAGAGAUAUCAGAUAUAAUCCAAAAACAGCUCCUCCACCAUCAGUUAAAGAUUUGAACUAUUUUGUCGAAAAGAACACUGAUAUUUCAGCUUUGUUAAAGGGUUUAAAGGUUUACAGACCGUACAUCAAUUAUAGUAUCAAUAAAGAUGGUACCCCAAAACCACCAAGAAAGAGAUCUUCUAAGGGUAUUGUUGGAUUUACCCGUGAAUCUGCGGUAUCCAUGAGGUUUAAUGUUCUUGAAAGUAGUUUGAAGAAGAACAGUGCUCCAAAACCUAAUGAAAAACCUAUCAAUAUCAAUACUAUUGAUUAUUUCAAGAGGAAAUAUGACAUUACUUUGAAAUAUCCUGAUAUGAAGUUAGUAAACUUGGGCGGUAAAAAUGAUGUCGUUCCUCCUGAAUGUUUGACUAUUGUGCCGGGUCAAAAAUUGAAGGGUCAAAUUUUUGAUACAAAAACUUAUAUCGACUUCAGUGCAAUUAGACCAACUGAAAAGUUUGAUUUAAUCUCCAGGUUAUCUAUGCCAGCUAUAAAAAGAGGGUUAACUGAUUCUGAAAAGGAAGAAUCAUCAGCUCCUCACAAUAGUGCUUAUCAAUUUAUGAGAGUACCAUCUCGUAUUCUAGAUGCCCCAGUUGUUCAGUUCAAAGAAUCUACCUUUGAAUAUAAGGACAAGAGUUAUGGAACUAAGCAUGAAGAAUCUAAAGGUAACUGGAACAUGAAAGGUCACCAAUUUAUUUCCACUCCAGCCAAACAGGUCAACUUAAGAGCAAUAUUUAUUAAUAAUGCUAACACAGCUCCACCAGCAUCUAUGGAAAGUGAACUUGACAUCUCUAUGGAUAAAUUCGCAUCUGAUGUUAAACAAUUAGGUGUGGACUUCAACGUAUCAGGUAAACCAAUUCUAAUUAAUCAAUUUGGUCCCCCAAUUAAGAAAUUCCAAGGUGGUGGCCGUGGUGGCCGUGGUGGUCGUGGUAGCCGUGGUGGCCGUGGUGGCCGUGGUGCUCCAUCUGGUCCUCCAACUUUCGAAACCUCUCCAGGUGAGAUAUCUUUGUUAAACUUAUUAGAAAAUAUUCCAAGCAAUACCUAUAUUUUGUAUGUAUUGCGCCGUGGUAACGAUUCUGCUGUUUAUGAUAGAUUGAAAUAUAUCACUGAUUUGAAAUUUGGUGCAUUGAAUUCCUGUGUUGUUUGGGACAACUUCAAAAAGAAUUCUAUUCAAUAUAAUUCCAAUGUUGUUAUGAAGAUGAACUUGAAGUUAUUAGGUAGUAACCACUCUCUAUCUAUUGAAAACAACAAACUAUUAAUUGAUAAGGAAUCUAACUUGCCAAUAUUAGUGUUGGGUUCUGAUGUGACACAUUAUCCUGAAAAGGAUCAAAACUCUAUUGCCUCGUUAGUAGGUUCAUACGAUGACAAAUUUACCCAAUUCCCUGGUGAUUACAUGCUUCAAGAUGGUCCAGGUGAAGAAAUAAUUACUAAUGUCGGUUCAUUAAUGUUGAACAGAUUAAAGAUAUAUCAAAAACAUAAUAAUGGUAAAUUACCAACGAAGAUCAUGUACUUCAGAGAUGGUGUUUCAGUUGACCAAUUCUCUCAAGUUGUUAAGAUUGAAGUUAAGUCUAUUAAGGAAUCAGUCCGUAAAUUUGGUCCUCAAUUAAAUGGUGGUAACAAAUACGAUCCACCAGUUACAUGUAUUGCCACUGUCAAAAGAAAUCAAGUCAGAUUUAUUCCUAUCCAAGAAAAUGCGAAGAAUGAAAAGGGUGAAGAAGUUGCUGUUCAAUCCAUGGGUAAUGUUAUGCCAGGUACUGUUGUAGACCGUGGUAUCACAUCUGUGGCACACUUUGAUUUCUUUAUCCAAUCUCAUCAAGCUUUGAAGGGUACUGGUGUCCCAUGCCACUAUUGGUGUCUAUAUGACGAAAACCAAUCUACUUCUGACUACUUACAAGAAAUAUGUAACAACUUAUGUUACAUUUUCGGUAGAUCUACUACCAGUGUAAAAGUCCCAGCCCCAGUAUAUUAUGCCGAUUUGUUGUGUACCCGUGCUACAUGCUUUUUCAAGGCAGGUUUUGAACUUAAUAUGGCUCAAGCACCAAAGGAGAAGGGUUCUAAGGAUCAACCUACUGUUUCCAAGAAUGUUCUAUUACCACAAGUUAACGAUAACAUUAAAUCCGUAAUGUAUUACAUUUGA